CUAGCAUGGUUGGUAUGUAACAGGUGAAAGGGUUGCGUGUGUUUGAUCUCAUCCGUCUCUCCCUUGAUUCGAAAGCCACCAGCUUGGAUCUUGCAAGAAACCUGUCGUCCGUCUCGUGGAAAUGGAAUCCAGCAAACCGAACGUCGCUGUCCUGACACCACGGUCGAGGAUGAACGAAGCACAGGAAGAGCUUUCACGCGUCGUGCAAACCCUUGUGCACAUUGGGGAACAGUUCAACCAAGCCCUCGUGGACUCAACCCAUGAGACAACACUGUACAAGAGUCGUGUUGCUGAACUCGAACGUCGGAACCAUGACAAUCGAUCAGCAGCGAAUGAUGUGGUGAUUCAGAAACUGAAGCGCGUGAAACGUGUACUACGAGACCUCGUAGAGGAGUUGCCUGAAGAUGAUGAUUUGUCUGUGUCUGCUCGGAGCUCCCCACAUCGUCCGGCCGUCGGGGUGCAAGGGAGUGAAUCCAAGAACGCUAGCCCGGUGCUAUCAACCUCCGGUGUCUCUCUACGUUUCGCGACGCCUCGACUCGAGCCAUCGGGCACAACUCCGCCGUCUACUCCAAUCGUGAGACUCAACGCAAAGCUACCCCAAAGCCCUCCAAAAUUGUCUCCUUCACGUGCAUCCCCACGGCAUAAGUCUAUCCUCUUCAAGCCAUCUACGCCGACUGUGGAUGGGAGUCGGCGAAUGGCCACGAACCGCACUCCGCAAACCGUCGUAAGCCCUCCAAAACCAUUGUCUCCACGAGCACCUCCACAGGAUAGGUCACCUGUGUCCACCCUUUUCAAGCCAUCCUCACUGAGUGCAGAUGAGAAUUGGAAUAUGUCUACGAACCGUGCUCCACAAUCUGCCAAGGUCGUAUGCCCGAUACCGUGGCAAGGGCUUCAACAGCGGCUGGGCCUCUCUGAAGACAUGGUGUACUCCCUAGAAAGCCUCUCGCAGAUGGACGACUUCUGCUUCCGCGUACAGAUUGUUGACAACAUGGCGUUUGUCUAUGAACCGUUCACGAUGGACUGCCCUUCCGCCUCUCUAUUGCUUGACUGGGGCACUCAAUCGGACAACUUAUCGGCGGCAGAAUACAUUAUCAACAACCUGUCAACACGUCCCUUUUUCCAUACUUUCAUCUUGUCAGCGAAAAAGGAUAUUUGGUAUUAUAUCGGUGCCCAUACAUGGACCCUUACCCGUCUGUUCCCUGUCUGGUCCGUUAUGAAUGAUCAAUCGAAACGGAAGGUUGUCAACAGAUUAUGGACGCAUAACCACCAGAAACAUGCGAAACAAGAUAUCCACCAGAUGCUGGACGAUGGCCGUUUAGUCCAGUUUUGCGUCGAGGUCUCCAGUGCAACACUGACACCUGUCAGCGAGGCCUUUGCAAAAAAGCUAGAUUACCAUAAACCAACCUGAUAGCAUAUUAUCGUGUACAAGGUUACUCGCUCAGUCAUAGUAAUUUUAUCCAAGGGACUUUUUGAGGGAAUACAACAUGAAAAGGUGAUAUACUAUUGACCAUCCAAAUCCCAAACCGUCAUCUUCCACUGCUUAUCAUUCGCAACC